AUGACCGACGCCGACACGCCCGCCCGCCCACGCCUCCCCACCCCCGGGCUCUCCUCGUCGCCCACCUCCCCCGUAAUCGACUACUCGCCGCACACAGUCCCGUACAACGAGGACUUUGAGAACGAGCUAAUGGCCAUCAUUCUGCACGCGCCGCCCGCCACCUCGCCGCGCCGCAGGACCGACGAGCCGCCCAUGAUCAGCGCCGCCGAUCUGCCCAUCGCCCUCACAUCACACCUGCGCACGCACCCCAGUCCCAUACCGGGGCUGCUGCUGACCCACGCCAACGGCUACCAUACGGGCGGCAUCGGGCCGAGUGCGCAUGCCGUGCGCGCCUUUGCGCUGCGGUUUGUGGCCGAGCGCGACAUUGCGCCCGGCGAUGUAAAGGCCCUACAGCGAGCCGUCGACGCAGAGGUGCAGAGCAGGCUUGAGGAGGUCAGGCGCAGGAUGCGGACGAGAGAAAAGGCCGUCAGGGCGAAUGACAGGGUGAGGCGGGAGCUGGACGAUUUGAGGUUACAGCGGCAAGCGGAGCUUAGGGUGCUGGAGAGGAUGAAGGGGAGGAGGUGA